GUUAUCGCUUCAAGAAGAGGGUGGGCCCCUUAAGACACCUGAUAUGGGUCGACGCGGUAUAAAAGCCACCGGCGCAUGAGUGAAUUCAGCAGUUGGCUCAGCGGCAGCUCUAAAGUCACCAUGAUUCGUGCUUGCGUCUUCUUGGCUCUCGCCACCAGCGCCUUUGCCGGUUUCACCGGCUACGGUCUGGGCUACGGCUAUGGCCACGGCCUUGGUUACAGCGGUCUUGGCUACGGCCUUGGCUUCGGUGGCCUUGGCUAUGGCGGUCUCGGCUACGGCUAUGGCCUGGGCUACACCGGCCAUUCUCCAGCUGUGCACACUGUCGCCCACGCUGCUCCAGCCGUCACCACUGUCACCCACGCCACCCCAGCCGCCGCCACUUACCACGCUGCCCCAGCUGUGGCUACCUACGCUGCUGCUCCAGCCGUGACCAAGGUUGCUACCACCUACCACGCCCCAGCUCAGCGGGGCGUGGUAGGUGGUAGGUGGCGUGGUACCACCGUGGCCCAUGCCCCAGUUGCCACUUACGCCACUGCUGUCCACGCCACCCCAGCUGUCACCACCGUAGCCCAUGCUCCAGUUGCCACUUACGCCACUGCUGUCCACGCCGCUCCAGCUGUUGCUACCGUUGCCCAUGCUCCAUUUGUCGGUGGCUACCAUGCUGCCCCAAUCUACGGCUAUGGCGUUGGAACCCUCGGCUACGGCGCCGGCCACUACGGUUUCGGACACGGUCUCCUCGGCUACGGUCUGAACUAUGGCUAUGGCCUUGGAUCUCCAUUCCGCUACGGCGCUCUUCUCCACAAGAAGAAGUAAAUGACGUCAACCGACAAGACCUGAAAGCACAGACUAGUAACGGCCAUGCCAGCGUUGGUCAUGGCGAACAAAUGUUACAAAUAAAGUAUUUUGUUAUUCCUAAA